AUCCAAGGACACCAGCAUGGUCACAUGACACGUGGAUGCGGAAGUACGCAACCGUUGUUUUGCUAAUGAUUAGCUCGGAUGAUUAGCACAGACAGCAUAGCGACUUCUUAUUAUAUAUUUUGUAACCGUUAUCAGGCAAACAACACCCAUGGUCAGGAUGAGCCAGAAGCACUGCCUGGAGGGCCAGGUGUACACGGUGCCUCUCAUCCAGCCAGACCUGAGGAGAGAGGAGGCUGUCCAUCAGAUAGCAGAUGCAUUACUCUACUUGGAGACCAUCUCUACUGAUAUUUUCCGAAGGGUGUCUGACAGUGUCGAGAAGAACCGGCGCCAGCUGCAGAGCAUCACUGACCGGAUCAGACUAGCACAGGCCCGUGUCGACAAGAUCAAAGGCAGUAAGAAGGCCACCAAGGUUUUCUCCAGUGCCAAGUACCCGGCCCCAGAUCGACUUCAGGAUUACUCAUCCAUCUUUAUCGAUGCUGCAGACCCCUCCUCGCAAACCCGCCCCCGCCACAGGAUACAGAAUAAACUACGACCCUUUGAUGAGAAGGCCCUGCAGGAGAAGCUGAUGUAUUUCCCAGUGUGUGUGAGCAAUAAGAAAAAGUCUGAGGAUGAGACAGAAGAGGGGCUCGGCAGCCUGCCACGCAACAUCUCAUCUGUCAGCUCCCUGUUGCUCUUUAAUACUACAGAGAACUUAUACAAGAAAUAUGUGUUCCUUGAUCCUCUGGCCGGAGCAGUGACAAAAACACACACAACACUAGAGACUGAAAAAGAAGAGAAGCCGUUUGACGCACCGUUGUCCAUCACCAAGAGAGAGCAACUGGAGAGACAGACAGCAGAGUCUUAUUUCUAUGUGCCAGACCUGGGCCAGGUGCCUGAGAUAGAUGUGCCCUCCUACCUGCCUGACCUGCCAGGCAUCGCAGACGACUUGUCCUACAGCGCGGACCUCGGGCCUGGCUUCGCCCCAUCAGGACCCACACACAACAUCCCCGAGCUGCCCUCCUUCUCUGAGGAGAGCAACGCACCGGGCCUUCAGCUCCAACCUAAUGUUCCACCUCCUCCUCCACCUCCCCCUCCCCCGCCUCCUCCUCCUGAGCCUGUCCUUGCCCCUGCUACUCCUGUAGGAGCUCCCCCUCCUCCACCUCCUCCACCUCCUCUUCCUGUUGAUGGUCUUGCAGAAGUCCCUCGGGUGGCAAGUUCAGGCCCCGUGUCCGGUGCUCCCAGCGAGGUGGUUCAGCCGUCUGACAGCCGUGCCAGCCUCCUGGAGUCUAUCCGCAAUGCCGGAGGCAUCGGCAAAGCCAAAUUACGCAAUGUCAAAGAACGCAAGAUGGAGAAGAAGAAACAGAAGGAGCAAGAGCAAGCAGUGGGAGCGGCAUCAAGUGGUGGAGACUUUAUGUCUGAUCUCUUCAAUAAACUUGCCAUGCGAAGGAAAGGCAUAUCUGGUAAGGGUCCAGCAGGUGGGGAGUCAGGUGACGCUCCUGCUGGAACCGGCGGUGCGUUUGCCAGGAUGUCAGAUGUCAUCCCGCCACUUCCUGCCCCACAUUCGACAACAGAUGACGAUGACUGGGAGGCAUAAUGUGAAGGACAAUGCAACACUUAAAGCACUGAUAAGGACAGUAUUCGGCAGUGUUGGAUAAUUUUGUGUACUAAGGACUUCCAGUCACUCUGUAUUAUAACAUGUUCUGCUAACAGAAACUUUCACUGUAAAAUAGCCAAUAAUGACAAUAAGUGCAUUUGUUUGUCUACGCAUUUGAACAAAGCAGCACUAAAACUCAUAAUAAAAUUUUAUUAUGUUUGUCAUAAAAAUAUUUUAAUAAAAUUAAACAAGCAGAUAU